GCCCGCGGGGCGGGGGUGCUGGGGGGACGAGGGGGCGUGUCGGGGGCCACCAUGAUAACAGCGGGGGCUGUGCCAGGGCGCUGGGAGCAGACGGCACAGGCGAGCGGGAUGAGCCAGACCACCCUGUCCUCAGCACCCUGGGGCUGCAACAUGAGGCUGGGGGGUCCCCCAUGCCUCCUCCAUGCUCUCUGCAUCCUCUCAGUGCUGGCCGGGCUCCUGCCCCACAGCACGGCCCAGUGGUUCUACCCACUGGGCUCUGAAGACACCACUCCAGAACCCGGCACCAGCCCCGCGACCCCCACGCUGCCCACCCUGAGUGGGGAGGAAGAUGCUGCCGACGCGGAGCCCACGCGGAAGCUGCCGCUGAGCAAACCCCCGCUGGGAACAGCCUCGAGGAGACGGGAGCCCCCCACCAGGACCAAGGGCCAGGGCCAUGCCCCGCUGCGCACACGAGCCCAGCACAACCGCCCCACGGCCGCCCCACAGAUCUUCGAGGGCAGCGCAGAGGAAGAGGAGUUCCUGCAGAUCAAGACCACGGCAAAGGGGCUGCCCCAGCGCGUGCCCGCAGGCCCCGGGCUGGACACAGCCCUGCAGAUGCACAACGGCUCCAACUGCGUCUGCCCCGCACGUCCCGGCCCUCCCGGCCCCAAGGGAGAGAAAGGCGACCGCGGGUUCCCAGGGGAGCGGGGCCAGCAGGGGCUGUCUGGGGAGAGAGGGAGGACGGGCAGCCCGGGGCCCCCAGGUCAGCAGGGCCCUCGGGGCCCCCCCGGACCACCGGGACCUCCAGGGCCACCGGGAUCACCAGGUGCUGGGGGAGCCAGGAGUCCACCUGCAUCCGCAGCGCUCCCCAAGGAAUCAGAGAGCAAGCUGGGAGCAGCCAGCUUCACUGGGAAGCCAGGACCCCCUGGCGUCCCAGGGCUGCCUGGCCCCCCUGGCCCCCCAGGCUACCCAGGCCAUGAAGGCUCCCCAGGGCAACCUGGGCGGGAGGGGCAGCCUGGCCCCCCCGGCCCACCAGGGGCUGUGGGACCACCUGGGUUCCCAGGGAGUGAAGGAGCUCCGGGGUCCCCAGGCUUGGCUGGGCCUGAUGGCCCCCCGGGGGCACCAGGACUCCCGGGUACACAGGGACCCCCUGGUGCACCCGGGCACGAAGGGCCCCCCGGCCCCCCAGGACCUGCAUCAUUUCCUGGCAAACCAGGGCUCCGAGGGGAGCCGGGAUUCCCAGGAUUAAAGGGUGAGAAGGGUGAGCAAGGGCUGCCAGGCAUGCCGGGGAGCCCUGGCCGCACUGGGGAGAUGGGAGCUCCAGGGAUGCCCGGUCCUAUGGGACCACCAGGGCCUCCAGGGGACCACAGGUGUGAGUCACGUCACAUCGGGCACCAUGGAGUGGCUGGGCCACCAGGUCCCAAGGGUGAAAAGGGCGACCCAGGAGAGCGGGGGUGCUGCUAUGGGGAGCCCGGCUGCAAACCGGGCCACCUCCCAUUCCCUGGCCCUGGCAGCCAGUCCAGCGCCUGGUAUCAAGUGCACAGCAAGGAGGAGCCGGAUAUCUACGGAGCAAUCAUUCCCCACGGUCCUCGAGGUCCCCCCGGCCCCCCUGGUCCCCCCGGCCCCCCCGGAGCACCAGGACUCCUCUACCUCAACCGGGUGUACCCCGUGCGUGGUCAGCAGCCCUGCAAGCAGCCGGCACCGGCCAGUGGAGCCUGGGCAGUGGAUGCUGAUGUUCCCCACCCGGAGCCGCUGGAGCCUAGCACCGACCUCCGGCGCCAGACAUGGGUGUUCAGGUCAAAGGAGCUGAUGCUGAAGUCGGGCAGCGCCGUCCCCGAGGGCAGCCUCGUCUACGUGCGGGAGGGGAGCAACGCCUUCCUGCGCACCCCCCGGGGCUGGAGCAGGCUGCUGCUGGAGGACUCGGAGUUGCUCUUUGCGGGUGAUGACCCCUCCGCCUCCACGCCGCAGUACCAGGAGGCGAAGCAGGCGCAGACACAAGGUUCCAACGCAGAGCCACCCUCAGGGGCCCAGGCAGACUCAUUGGUCCCGAAGGAGGAUGGAACAGGGCUGCCCAGCACCCUGCCGACCACCACUGCCCCCAGGAUGCCCUCUCUCCGUCUGGUGGCCCUGAACGUGCCCCUCUCCGGGGACAUGAGCGGCAUCCGCGGCGCUGACCUGCAGUGCUACCGGCAGUCGCAGGAGGCCCGGCUCUAUGGCACCUUCCGGGCGUUCCUGUCGGCCCCGAGCCAGGACCUGGCCUCCAUCAUCAAGAGGACAGACAGGACCCUCCCCAUCGUCAACCUGAAGGGCCAGCUGCUGGCUCGCUCCUGGAGCUCCCUCCUGCAGGGCCAGGCUGGAGCCAGCCCAUGGAGCCCCAUCUACACCUUCAACGGGCGCAAUGUGCUGACGGAUGCCCUCUGGCCCCGCAGGCUGGCAUGGCACGGAUCCACGCUGCGGGGGGGCCAUGCCCGCCGCCGGGACUGCCAGGGCUGGCGGAGCUCCGGGCCCGGGGAGGGCUUGGCGGCCCCGCUGGGUGAGGGCGGGCUGCUGGCCGGGCAGCGGCACAACUGCUCCGAGGCGCUGGUGGUGCUCUGCGUGGAGGUCGCCUUCCCCUACCGCCACAUGUGGUGACGGCCCCGGGAGGACUGCAGCGCUGGGGCCACACCGGGAACACCGAGAGGACGUCGUCCCAGCCCCGCGCGCAGCCACCCCCCCCUGCGCCUCGAGCGACGCCGAUGUUGACAUUUCCCCCAGAAAAAAAAUGAGAAAAGAUGUGAAAA